ACAUGUAUUUCCAUUGUUCAGUCAUUUGUUAGAGCAGCUACUCGACUAUCUUGUCAAUAUAAUAGAUCAUCUUCGGUUCAGUCAAAAAACUGGAGCUUUGACGUCACACCACUAUUUUCCGCAGGAUUAAAGAUGGCGCCGCAUCAUGUACUAAAGUGCUGUCAACGGAGUUUAGCUUGGAUACCUGUUAUUUUCAUCAACCUGGUCGUUGGCUGGUCUUAUUAUGCAUACGUCGUGGAACUCUGCAUCUUUACAAUCCCAAAUAAUGCAGAAAAAAUAUCAUACCUGGGUGUCUUCCACCUGUUCUUCAUCAUGUUUAUCUGGUCCUACUGGAAGACUAUCUGCAGUAGGCCUGUCAGCCCCUCUAAAGAGUUUUGUCUGGCCAAAGUGGAGAAGGAGCAGUAUGAGAAGGAGCAGCCAGAUGCUCAGCAGGACAUCCUGAAGAAAGCGGCCGUAGGAUUGCCUGUCUACACACGCACUGGGACCGGGGCCGUCCGGUACUGUGACCACUGUCAAGUGAUCAAACCCGACCGCUGCCACCACUGCUCCACCUGUGACAUGUGUGUACUGAAGAUGGAUCAUCACUGUCCAUGGGUGAAUAACUGUGUUGGAUUUUCGAACUACAAGUUCUUUGUCUUGUUUCUGGCCUACUCCAUGCUGUAUUGUGUGUUUAUCGCUGCUACUGUCCUGCAGUAUUUCAUAAAAUUCUGGACACAUUGCCGAAGGAGAUCUGUUGGGGAUUGUCCUCAGAAUCAGCUGCCCGACACUCACGCCAAAUUCCACGUGUUGUUUCUGUUUUUUGUGGCGGCAAUGUUCUUCAUCAGCAUCCUGUCGCUUUUCAGCUACCAUCUCUGGCUUGUGGGAAAGAACAGGACCACCAUAGAGGCUUUCAGGGCUCCUGUCUUCAGAAAUGGCCCAGACAAAAAUGGCUUCUCUCUGGGCUUCAGUAGGAACGUGGUGGAGGUGUUUGGAGACCAGAAGAAGUACUGGAUGUUUCCCAUCUACACCAGUCAUGGUGAUGGACACAGUUUUGUCACCCGGUUGCUGACCUUAGAUCCUGAGCAAAUAGCUGUGGGCCUCCAGAUCAACGGCAAAAGCUCUGUAGAUGGUCUGGCAAGCCCCAAGCACAUCCUUGGCAACAACAUUAACCACAUUGAGGGCCAUCAGGAUGACGUAGCUCAGACGGUAACUGUGACAAUGGAGAGCGAAUCAUAGACAGGUAAGCCUAUAGAUGAGUUCCGCUGAAGUGCGCGUGUUUCCUGCAGACCUUAGAGUGGAAACUGAUGACCACCAGGUGGCUCAAAUGGCCAGUUUACAUGUCUGCCAGGAGACAACUGAGCCAUUAACUGUGAUGCCUUACAACCAGCAGCAUCUCUGUCUCUACAGAAACCAGCAUUUUAUCACAUGCAGUACCCCUACUACCAUGGACAAAAUGUCAAGUAAACGCUCUUGAAUAGCCGUCAUCCUUUUAAUUGUCGUUCUUAUGACCACCAAACAGCAUCCCUGUUACCAUGGACAAACCCUGGACACGACAUCUGUCACCAGAGCUUUAAUCAGCUUUCAGUUUCCAUCCUCACCAAACACAUGCAGAUGCGUUUUCUUUGUUGCUAACCAAAAACGCACAACAAUAUUUUUGUUGGUAACUAUUAUUAAUCUCUGGAACUGCUCUGUUAUUCAAGCCAAAAAAGAAUACUCUUUGCACUAGGUCAGAUAAGUGCAGGAAAGUAAUUGCUUUACAGUUAUACGCCUCUGUCAAAUCAGUAUUCACUUGCUUUAUUGGAAAAAAUGAAGAGGUCACUGUGUCUUAGCACAGAAAAUGUGUUAGUGGCUUUGAUUUGAUUAAACCCAGAGGAUACAAUGUGGUGUCUUGAGGCCCUGAAGGUCAUGAGCACUACUGUCUCAGGUGAUUGUAGCGUGUGUGUACUGUAUGCACUUUACACUUGAAUCCUGUGACGGGUGCUAAGCGUAUCCAUUGAUUUCAAUAGGACAGUAGGUUUAUAUGAACCACGGCAUUGUAGGACCCUAUGCCUCUCCCAAAAUCCUCUCCUGCUCUGCAUCAUCGUAACUUAAAUGUGCAUUGUGCCUUCAGUACAGUAUGGAAGAACAAAGGUAUAGUGCAGUGCCAUAGUUGACCGUAGCAUGGUGUAAUAACUUUACAAUUUAUACAGAUGGAAAUGGAACCCGGAGAGCAUUUUUGUUUACAAUUUUACGGGCCAAAUCCCCACUCAUGUUUUGCACAAUUCCGUGCAUCAGUCAUGAUAUACACUGAGUGUACAAAACAUUAGGAAAGCCUUUCCUAAUAUUGAGUUGCACCCCCUUUUGCCCUCGGCACAGCCUCAAUUUGUCGGGGCAUGUUCUACAAGGUAUUGAAACUUUUCAACAGGGAUCCUGGCCCAAUUUGACUCCCAAUACAGUUGUAUCAAGUUGGCUGGGUGUCCUUUGGGUGGUGGACCAUUCUUGAUACACUUGGAAAACAAACUGUUGAGUGUGAAACCCAGCAGCAUUGCAGUUCUUGACACUCAACCAGGCACCUACU